AUGAUUUUCCUUGAGGAUGCUUAGAGAGGACAAGCUCAAUCACCAGAAUCUUUUAAAAGACUGUUUUUACCUCAUAAGAGUGAUACGGGUUUUGUGUUUACGAAGUUGAAUAAACAACUUACAACUGUCAAAAGUACAGAAAGAAAACUCUUUAAAAAACGUCAACCUGAUGAAGAAUAGGAAUAAGUGAAGCUUGAUUAGUCUUCUAGCUUAGAGGUAAAGAUGGCUGAUGAUCUUUUGAAACACGAGGUGUGUGAUUGGUAGAAUUUCAUGUAGAAGGAUUAAGAAACAAUCCGUCAAAUUAACUCCUAAGAUGAAUUGUUUUAAGAACUUCCUUCAAAAAUCAAAACUCAAGAAACUACUAAGAGAAAUAAGAUUUGGCAGGAAGGGAAUGAACGAUAUGUGUUUUUUUCAAGGAUGAGACAAGGAAAUAAAUUGUUACCUAACUUGAGUUCGCAAGACUUUCUUUCUUCAGUGCGACAUUCAUCCAAACUAAAUGAAUAUGCUAAGGUGUAUAAAUAAUAGCCUCAAAAUAUUUAUUUGAGUCUCAAUCUUUCUCAGCCAAAAAGAGUUCCCAAGACUUUUGGAUUAAUACAAAAUACUUCCUAAUUGCAAACAGUUAAUACAAAUAGAUGCUUAAGAUCAAGAGAAGAUUGCAGAGCAUUCUCAUGUGCUAUGUUAACCUCACAAAGCAAAACCAUAACAUCUCUUUAAAUGAAUCACAAUAUAUUUGAUCCACAAUAAUUGAGAGAUGUGUUAUUAACCUUCCCAACAGCACUCAAAGACUUAGAAUUAAUUGAUUGCAAACUUCAUUAUUAGCACAUGGACAUUUUAAUGUCAUUUAUUAAUAAAAAUUAAAUACUAAAAAUUAAUCUAGAAAAAAACAACAUUCGAGAUUAAGGAUGUAAAAUCAUCAUGAGAUAUUUGAUGAAUAAUAAUACCCUCUAACAUUUGAAUCUCAAUAACAAUUAAAUUACAGAAUGUUCAAGCAUGGCCAUAUCAAAUCUAUUAAAAUAAACACAGAGACUUUUGGAAUUGUAUUUGGGAUACAACAACUUAAACUCAAGUGCAGGAAAUGCUAUUUGGAAAGCAAUGUACAAAAAUACAAGUGUUAAAAUAUUGGAUUUGUCUCAUAAUAACAUAGCUUCAUUGGAAUGUGCAGCCUCAAUUGCCAAAGCUAUUGCAAGACCAUACAAUGAAUUACUUCAUGUAGACUUAUCCUAUAAUAAGUUUACCUAUCCAUAAGCUCAAUUAAUUUCAGAAUCAUUGAUCAAAAAUGAAACUAUUUAUGGGUUUCAUUUCGAAGGAAAUUAAAGUGAAUUAUGUGUUAAUCCAAAUGGAUUUUUGGUUAAUAACAUUCAAUUCAAAAAAACUUUAAGUGAUAAAUUAAUUUAACUCUACAAAUAACCUUAAUAUUUCAAAUUACUCGAAAUUCCUAAAUAGCAACCCUAUUAACCUCCUAAACAAUAUGAAGAGUUGGUCAUGCCAUUCAGUAGGCAGCGAAAAAUUAGAUCUACUAAGUCAAACAUGUAAAAGAGCAAUUAACUAAAUAAAUUAGACACUUGUUGGAUUUGUGAAGGAUGGUAAGAAAUUAGAUUUGAAUGGAAUGCCUAUAAGUCUGGUAGUUUAUACAAUGAACCCAUAUUCAUUCACUUUGAUUUUGAAGAUUAUCGACCUUUGUUGAUGACACAUUUAAAUAAUGAGUUCUUUUUUGUGAAGAUGUGUCCACCCAAUCAAGAAAUACAAUAUUUCUUCACUAAUCCCAUAUUAGGUGUUUAAUAACCUGCUAUGGAUUAACCAAUUAAAUAUUUAGACACUCCAAUUCAGUCUAUUCCUUUUUUAUAUAAUGAGGAAAUCUUAGUAGACGGAAACGCACUUGAUUAAGUCAACGUAUUGCAAACAUACAAUAAAUAAUAAUUGUUUGACAAAUACAUGCCCUUAGUGUAAUGCAAACCUAGGGAACCCUUAGCUAAAUUUGACUUUUCUCCUUAUUUGAACAUCAAAAAACAUAACUGGUCUGUUGAAACAUCUAUUUUUCGCAAUUUUUAACCAGACACUCCAUAAUUGAUUGACUAAUGUUUUGAAUUCGAUUUUCAGAAUUCAAAAGUAACUAGAUUAGUUAAGGAAACAGAGAUUGUUGAGGUAAAGGAAAGUCUCAAGGAUUUAUAUAGGAACUUAUUCCAUGUAUAUAAAUACCAUGCAGCUGGGUCAUAAGGUCAACCCAUUCCUUGUAUUUUGAUACAGGAUUAUAUUGAUUUCUUAGUGUAGACAUCUCUAAUGGAAGGAAUGAAGACCAAUGAUAUUGAUAUCAGUUUUACAUCGACUAGUGCAGCCAAAGAUGUGGCAUUUCCUUAAGCAUAUGAGAAAGGUUUAGUGAGAUGCUAAUUACUUGAAAUUAUGAUAAGAUUAUGCAAUGAUAAAUACAUACGUCCAGGAUUAUUUACUUCAAUGGUAGAUUCAAUAAGCGCUAUCAAAUAAUAAAGUUAAGAAUAUUUCAGCAGAUUUGAUUAAGCAUAAUAGUGGAGAAAAACAAGACUUUGGAAUUAAAAAUGCGAUAUUUUGUUAAAUGAUAGAGUUGCUAUGUUAAAAUCUCUUUACAAAUAUUGUUGUAAACUCAGUAAGAAGCCUUAGUAAUUCAAAAAUGACUAUGUAUCAAUUCAAGAUUUUAAGGAUAUGCUCAAUCAAUGCAAGUUAAUCUGUGAUGAUCUAAAUGAAAGGGAAUGUUGUUUAGUUUAUUUACAGUCUAUGAUAACUCAAAAAGAUGAACUCUUCUCACCAAAGCAUUAUUAAAUGAAUUUUCAUGAAUUUAUUGAUGCCGUUGGUAGAUUGGCUGAAAAGUUGUCAAUUAUUCGUGGUGAUAAGCCUAUAGAUAUUGAUGAUAGAAGGGCUAAAGAUUUACACACCAAACUAGAUGGGUUUCUAUUGUACGUGUAUUUGAAUAUAGGAAAUGAGAUGAAAUCAACUCUUCCACCAAAUGAUCAAGAUAUCAAAGGGGUUGACAAAUGCAUGAUAAAUGACUUUAAGUCUUUGAAAUAGAAAUUAGAGGAUUCCUUUACCGAUGGUGAUGAGCCACCUUAUGAUCCUAAAGUGGAGCUACCUCACCUUUCUAGUCAGAUAACAAAUUUAUUGGGUAAUACCUUAGGAGGCAAGAAACAAACACUUAGAUCUCAAAUGAAAUAGAUAAAAAAAGAAGAGUAGAAAUUUUCUUUAAUAAAUUUUGUUUAAUACUUUAAAAGCAUAUAACAAUUAAACAAAGAUUAAGAUGAUUGA